AUGUCGAAUCCGAACGAUUACACAGUCGGCUGGAUCUCCGCCAUCACGACCGAAUAUGUUGCUGCCCGAGCUAUGCUUGAUGAAAUACACGAAGGACCAGAGAUGGUUUCCACCAACGACAGUAAUAAUUACACAUUAGGUCGAAUUGGGAAGCAUAACAUCGUUAUCGCCGUUUUGCCCGAUGGAGAGUAUGGCACAUCUUCCGCAGCACGUGUGGCAGCAGAUCUGUCACACAGUUUCCCUCAUGUUCGAUUCGGUCUGCUAGUUGGCAUUGGCGGAGGCGCGCCAUCUCGAAAGCACGACAUUCGUUUGGGGGACGUGGUGGUGAGCUCUCCAGGAAGCAGUAACGGCUUUAGCCACAGUGGUGUAUUCCAGUAUGACUUUGGAAAAACUAUUCAGGGACAGAACUUCCAAACAACUGGAUUCCUAAAUCAACCUCCGUUUCUUUUACGAGCGGCAGUUACAGGCGUCAAGGCAAGAUAUGAGGAGGAAGGGCAUCGAAUUAAGGCAAACAUUGGUGCCAUUCUCGAUAAGAAUCCAAGGCUACGAAAGAAAUACCAACAACCUGAUUCAAGUCACGAUAUAUUAUAUGAAAGUCAUAUCUGCCACCCUAUGAACGAACGGAGUUGUGUUGCAACAUGUGGAAAUACUCCAUCUUCCAUCAUCUCUCGACCUGAAAGGGGUGAGUAUGAGGAUGACCCAAUGAUCCAUUAUGGCUUGAUUGCUUCAGCAAACCAGCUCAUGAAAGACGCCGUGCUUCGGGACAAGCUCGCUACAGAAAAUGAUGUCAAGUGCUUUGAGACGGAAGCAGCAGGGUUGAUGAAUCACUUUCCGUGUCUCGUUAUUCGUGGUAUUUGCGAUUAUUCAGAUUCGCAUAAGAAUGAGGAGUGGCGGGGAUAUGCAGCAAUGGUGGCAGCCAUGUACACAAAGGACCUUCUUCAUCAAAUCGCGCCCAAUAGAGUUGAGGCUGAAAAGAAGAUUGGAGAUCUAUUAUCUGAUUAUCGAGAUAUUGCAAGAGAACACCGUGAUGUUGCAAAGGAGCACCUAGACAUCACCAUGGAGGAUAUUCAAACUCAGGAAGAAAAAAGGUGUCGUCGGGAAGAAGAAAGUUGCCACCAGCUAUUCCGCCUAACAAGGAGUGACAAAGAUGUCACAUACGAGUGGUAUAAAGACCGAGUGGAAGAAAGGAUCGAAGGCACUUGCUUGUGGUUCCUCCAACACGAUCACUUCCAAACGUGGUUGAAGCAAGACUCCGGUCCGUUGCUAGUAUCAGCAGAUCCUGGUUGCGGAAAGUCGGUGUUGGCUAGGUAUCUGGUUGACGAGGCCCUCCAACGACCAGAAACUACCGUCUGCUACUUUUUCUUUAAAGACCGAGAUCAAAAUACCGUUCGGCAAGCUAUUUGUGCACUGCUCCACCAGCUCUUCGCCCAGAAGCCUUAUCUGAUCAAAUAUGCUAUGAAGGAAUAUCGCAAGGACGGAACAGGGUUGACCAACUCUACAAAAAUGCUCUGGCAGAUUUUACGGGAUGCUACUAAAGAUCCCCAGGCAGGACUUGAUACAUUCUGUGGAGAGGCAAUUCCACAGCAAUCAUUGUGGGAAGCUUAA